AUGUAAUUAUUUUAGAGGUGUCUAGUGGCUAGAUUUUCAUAAGCCAUUCCUAAAUUUAAGCCUAAGGAAUAGCCAUAUGUUAAAGAUAUUUAAAUGCCAAAAAGACCUAAACUUGAUCCUAAAGACCCUUAUGAGAAAUAUGAACUUGUUAAACCUCGUGAAUAUGAAUUCAGAUUAGCUUUAGGUAAUAUUCAAUAAUAAAUCAUAUAGAUGAAAGACAUUCUAAAAAUACUUAUCCAGGAUCUACUUAUGUUGCUGUACAUAAAGGUGGAAUUACAUAUCAUUUAUUUGAUGCAUCAAGAUUCCCAUAUGGCAAAAUGUGUUCAAGAAUUGCAUACUAUUUAAGUGGAAAACAUAAACCUACCUUUCGUAAUAAUGAACCUGGCAAAGUUACAGAUAAAUUUAUUAUUGUUAAUGGUUGCAAUAUGUAUUUGACAGGAAAAAAAAUCAAUUAUAAAGUACUUACCUAUCAUACCGGUUAUGUUGGAAAUUUAAGAUAAAUCAAGUUUCGAGAUCUUAUUCUAUAAAAACCUGAAUAAUUAGUACUAUAUUAUAUCAAAUCUAGGUCGCUUGGACUGUUGCCAAAAUGUUACCCAAAACUAUCUAUAGAAUGGAAAAACUUGAUCAUAUUCAUUUAUUUAGAGGUAGAUUUCAUACUUUUGAUGAUGUUUUACCAUAAUUCUUACCUCAUCAUACUGAUUUUGAAUAUAGAGGAAGCAUUUAUAAAGAUAUGACAGAAGGAGAUGAUAGAACUCUUGUCUAUUCAAGUAAACCUGUUUCUGCAGAAAAAAGUUAAUUAUCCUUUUAUUCUUAGUCUAAUAGGAUCUUGGUGAUAUUAAAUAACAAAUCAUGGAUCCAAGUGAAUUUGAUAAUGAUUUAAUAUUUACACCAUUUGUUGAAAGACCUUAAAAAAUUAAACUUAAUAUGACUUAGCAUGAUUAUGAUAAAGUAAUUCGUAGAAGAAAACGAUUAAUGUAAAGACAUAGAAAAUAUAUGCCCAUUCCUUACAGAAAUAGACUUGAAAAAGCUGAUUUCACAAAGAGUUAUGUUGUUACAUCAGAAAAAUAAUUAAAUAGAUUAGGACUCUAGAAAAUUAAACCAUUAGAUGAUGAUCCAGAAUUAGAAGACGAAACAACUAAAUUCUGAG